AUGGAAAAACUGCAUGGGAGUAAAAAGUCGGUGUCUCAUGGUUUCACCAAGAGAUGGAGCAAUAACAAAGUCACUCUGUUUAGGCAGACUUGGACGUUGGAUGAAGACUUGGUGGUAGAGGUUAUAGGUUUACAGAAGGAAGGUACCAAAUUUUAUAGAGACCGCAAGUUCUCGGUGGAAGCCACCAAGAACUUCCCGAAAAGUGAUGAAGAGAGGGUUCAGCUCACCAAGAAGGACAAUGUGUCCUACUAUCUUCCUCAACAGGUAAAAUCUUUCUGGCAGAAGAUGUUAAGAGUUUUAAUGGAAUACAUAACGAUUGAUGCUUCUUCUCUUAAUGAAAGCUUGGUCGAUCAUGCCAGAAAACCUAAAUCUUAUCCCAUUUCUCACCAAGGGCUUAUACUGCUUAUUUAUGAGCAUUUGAAGGGUAAAGCUAGGGCUAAUAGGGAAGAUCUUUUAGUGGAAAAUGCCCAUAUUUUCGAGGGUCAUGAGGGCUAUGAGUCUGAUGAUGAUAAAUAUAACAUUCCUUUACAUAAGAAAGGUAGGGUUGCUGAUGAAGCUAAAGAUGAGAUGGAAGUGAAAGCUAGUUUAGAGGAGGAACAAGGGAAGGUGGUUGAUGUUGAGGUGGAGAGUGAGAAGAAAAAGGCCGAGGGAGAGGGAGAGAAGGUGAAGAGAAAAGAGUACUCUGAAGAGUUGGAAGUAUCGAAUAGUAGGAAUGAAGAUCAUCACACUAUGGAGAAGGAUACCAAUACGGUAGGUAAAGAGGAUGCGGCGGUGGAGACUAGUGAGGCUGAGGAUGAAGACGAUAUGCAGGAUUGUGUAUUCAAGGGCUCUCCAGUUGAGGAGGUGGCUGACAUUACUCAAGAAAAUGCUCAAGAAUAUUUUGAGAAAAAUGAGGUGAAGUGUAAGAAAGUAAUUAAUACAGUUUUCCUCUCUACUGCUAGAAAUUCCACCACUUCAAGAUGGCCAAAGAAAAGAGCACCCAAGAUAGAUUGGGGUGAUCAGAUUGGUGAUGCACUCUAUGCACAAUUGAAGGAGGUUAAAAUAACACAGAAAUUCUAUAUGACCUCAUACCUUGUAUAUGAAGCCGCCUCCAUUAGGCAAUAUCCAGGUUUAUCUACAAAAGGUGACAUGAGUUUGGAUGAUAUUCCUUCAACAACUAUUGAAUCCUCAAUGUUGGAUUUUACUGAAACUAUGGAGCAAGCAUUUGUAGAACAACGAAUGGUGACUUUACCUUCUAAAAUGGUCAUAGCAGAAGUUCCACCCCUUGUAAGUACUAAGAUUAUUGCUAAUGUACCUUCCAUUCUUCCAUCUAUAGUUGUUACAAAGGAGGUAUCAAUAGCAGUUAUUGUUGCUACAUCAGCUGGUAUAUCACAGGACACUUCAGCUUUGAUACCAGUAAUUACAUCUACAACUGCCGCAAUUUCAAGUCAUAAUGCUCCUCAAAUAACAGUUGAUUCUCAAUAG